CCGGCGCCGCCCACGCCAACGGGAUGGGCUCGGCGCCCCGCGCGCCGCUGGCCGAGGACGACGACGAGGAGGCGCCGGCGGCGCCGGGCGAGAUGGACUCUCGGAGCUCGCUGGGCGGCGGCAGCCUCAGCAGCGACGGGGAGCGGCGCGUCGACAAGUUCGGCUUCCUGGUGCCCGACGACGGCGACGCGGCCGGGCAGGAGGCGCCGCUGGAGGAGGUACCCCUGGAGGUGCUGAGGCAGAGGGAAUCCAAGUGGCUGGACAUGCUCAACAACUGGGACAAAUGGAUGGCAAAGAAACACAAAAAGAUCCGGCUGAGAUGCCAGAAGGGGAUCCCUCCGUCUCUGCGGGGCCGGGCAUGGCAGUACCUCUCGGGGGGCAAAGUCAAGUUGGAGCAGAAUGCUGGAAAGUUUGAUGACCUAGACAUGGCCCCGGGAGACCCCAAGUGGCUGGAUGUGAUCGAGCGAGAUCUCCACAGACAGUUUCCAUUCCAUGAAAUGUUUGUUUCUCGUGGAGGCCACGGGCAGCAGGAUUUGUUCCGGGUGCUGAAGGCCUACACGCUUUACCGGCCAGAAGAGGGCUACUGCCAGGCCCAGGCCCCGAUCGCUGCAGUGCUGCUGAUGCACAUGCCUGCAGAGCAAGCCUUUUGGUGCCUUGUGCAGAUCUGUGAGAAGUACCUGCCUGGCUACUACAGUGAGAAGCUGGAGGCCAUCCAGCUCGAUGGAGAGAUCCUUUUCUCUCUGCUGCGUCGGGUCUCCCCCGUGGCUCACAAGCACCUGAGCAAGCAGAAGAUGGACCCCAUCCUGUACAUGACAGAGUGGUUCAUGUGUGCCUUCUCCAGGACCUUGCCCUGGAGCUCCGUGCUGCGGGUCUGGGACAUGUUCUUCUGCGAAGGUGUUAAGAUUCUCUUCCGAGUGGGCUUGGUGCUGCUGAAACACACGCUGGGCUCUUCGGAGAAGCUCAAGGCCUGCCAGGGGCAGUAUGAGACCAUGGAGCGGCUGCGGGCGCUGAACCCCAAGAUAAUGCAGGAGACCUUCCUGGUGCAGGAGGUCAUAGAGUUGGAGGUGACGGAGCGUCUCAUCGAGCGGGAGCACCUGAUCCAGCUGAAGAGAUGGAAGGAGACCCGCGGGGAGCCGCAGUGCAAGUCUCCCCCUCGCUUCCACGGCGCCAAGGCCGUCAGCGACUCCGAGCCCUGCUCCCGCAAGGCCCUGGAGCCCUCGCCCUCCAUCAUCCUGCCCCCAGGUGCCUCCCUCUCGCCCAAGGGCCGCAAGAGCAAACUGCCCAAGGGGGCCAGGAAGGAAGAACAAAAGAAGGGCUCCCUGGGCAACGGGCCCAUUCCCGAGGAAAACGGAUCCCAGACUUUGCUGGAGCCAGCGCUCCUCCAUCAGUCCAAGGAGAGCCUCAGUUCCCGGGAGAGUGAGGACACGUACCUGUAAAGCUGACGGUUGCACAUUGCAGGCCGCCCCCAGCCUGCUCCCAGAGGUGGUCCGAGUGGCUGUCGCUGCGCCAGGGUAGGGGGUGGGUGAGCGGGAUUCCGGGGGAUCUGCGUUGCCGUGCGGGCGCUCGGGCUGAGCCACACUCUGUCCCGCAGGCACCCCAGCUGCGGGGGGAGGAACUGCACGCGCCUUUGGUGUCCCGGGUCGGAAGGCCUGAAGAGCACGUGUGUUGCUUUCCCCUCCCAGGAGGAAUCCGCACUUCUUCGUGGCACAGGGCGGGCAGAGAGAUGCGGGGGCCUGGGGGCUACGCCGGCCCCACCCACCGCCUUGCCAGUGCCGCUUGGCACAGCCUGGGUGUUCCAUUAGAAAGGCGCAGGCGGGGGGGGGGUGGCUGCACCCGCCAGCGCUGGCCCCCUCUGUCCCGGCAUGCGGGAUCGCGACCACCCCUCCUCGCCUUGCUGUGGGAGCAAGCGCUCAUGUCAGUGCAAUCAGGGCUGCCCCCGGGGAGGGGGCAGCCAUCUCACAUUCCUGCCAGCCCUCCAGGCCCCGUUCCUCACACUCCCCUUCUCCAAGUGAGCCUUACGGAUGCCGGAUGCCGAGUCUUCAUUGCCCUGAGUUGGCUUGGCCGUCCUUUUGGCCUGGAGGGUCUGGCACCGUCUCAGUUACUUCCAUAUUUUCUGCCCCCGCAUGGGAACAAUUGGGAGGCUUUGUCUGCCCCGUUACCUGCAUGCCCAGUUACGACACGCACCCCUUGGCAGGGGAGGGCUCUACCCCGCGAACACUUACGCUGGCAGCAGAAUCCGUACCGUGCAGGGAAUGGAGGGGCAGGUGGAGCUGGUCUCGCUGUCUUGACCAAGCUGUCAAUUCUACUAUGCUGUGUCGUAGGCUUUCCCUACUUAUUGCCCGCCAGAUGUGCUGGACCAACACAUCUGGAGGGCGCUAGGUUGCUGGGGGGGGCUGCUGCGCCAGAUGUGUAAUGCUAAAUGCAUCUUACACUUCGGGACCAUUUUUGGUUGGUUUGUGUUUUGCAGGAAUCUGGUACUUGGGCCAGGUGAGGUGUGAGUGGGAUUCCAGCGUGCCUUGUCCUGGGGCAAGGGUUGGCUCGAGCUGCCUGUUGCCUCCCACCUUCACCAGGGCUCCAGCUCCCCCACCCAUUGCGUCCACAGCAGCCUGGUUCGUGACACUAAAGUCACUUUCGUCACCUGGCCCCCUGAAAUCCUCAGAUGGCAGCAGGAGUUUUGAUUGGACUCCUGCCUUCCACACACGCCCCCAAGGGGAUGGAGGGAAAGCUGAGCCCCUCCUGGCUAGAGGGCGAAGGGGCAGAGUGGCGCCUCCUUGCUUGCUGCCUGUGGCCCCACCCGUAAAAUGCCAGGUAUUGGUGGUAGCACCUUCUCUGCAGUCUGCCACAAGCUGAGGUUAGACUUCCCCCAUCUUGGAGGUGGCCGAGAGUCCAACCCCAGUAUGGAGAUGAGCCUUUGGGCCUCCGGUCUAUUAAGGCGGCUCAGAGGCCUCCCGCUUCUCGGUAGCCCCUGCCUUGGCCUGGCCAGCAGCUGGGCUUUGGGGAGCAGGCAGUAGCACUUCUUGUGGUCACAGUGGUGUAUGUCCAGGUGGCGGGGUGGGGAGCGCUGGCCUUUCCACCCCUCGCAUGGCCGGGCUGCGACUGAC